AAAAAAACAACUCUAUUCAGCGAUCAUCAUUACUUUUGUAUUCAGCCACGAUCAGUCUAGUGUGGACUCUUAUUGAGUACGGUUCGGUUACGGUAAAAUACAAUUGAAAUCAAUUUAACAACGUGUUAAACGAAUAAACGAGUUAUUUCCAUUUUAAUAUAAAUUAUUUCUAUAAACAAAUCGAAUUUGUGUAUCAUUUCCCAUUAUUUUUUAAACCAAGAAAGAACCUUCUUCUUUUUUUCUUUCUUCACACUGGAUGAAAAACUAAAAGACAAAAACAAAAUCUCUCAGAAGCCAUUUACAAUAAUAAGUAUCAAUUAAACUAUACAAUAAUACUUAGAUACUUAGAUACAUACAACAACAACAACAAAGCGAAGGAAUCUCGCAACUUCACAACAAACAUAUUGCUGGUUGCUGGCAUACUUGUGUGUGACGAACUGACAUUGUUGACAAAACACUGUCAACAUCAUCUUCAUCAUAACGAAAAAAUAUCACCAGGCCACAGAGCAAAAAAAAAAAAAAAACUUUGUUUUUGUCGUCAACAAAAGAUUUUCAACUUUUUAUAUUUCUUUACAUUUUCGUUUGAAUGUCUCAAGGGAGCCAGAAAAAGUCAGCGGCUACAUCAACCUUUGUUGAACUAAAUUGAACACAAUUUUACAAACAACCAAACCAAACAAAAGUAACAGAUCAGACAGACUACUUUUUAUUCAAUCCCCUCGACUAGGAAUUAGAGAAACAGAAGUAAAACAUCGUUAUGUCAGAUUUUUCUUCAUUUGAGAUGGGGUCGGUCGAUAGACCACCAAAUCGUUUUCAAGUAAAUCCCGUCAACCACAAAAACAACAAUGACAAAGCAGCCUCCACGAAUGCUGCUGCUACUGGUGGUGUUGGUGGUGGCGUUGCUGCAACAGCAGACGAUGUGCCACAUGAAAUCUAUCGUCGUUUAACUGGAAUUGAUGGUGAACCCAUCGAAGAUGAUCAAUUUAACGAGGACGCCUCUCAAAUGCUAAAAGCACAACAACAACACCGAACACAAAGACAAUCAAUCAAGAGCAGUUUUCGUGACAAGGAUAAACCUUCGCGUUUCAAAGACCUGCAGACUACACGUUUUCAAGUUGAACCACAAAAUGAAGAGGACUCUGAUGACUCCAAUGAGGAUCGUGAACUGCUGGAGAAUGAAUAUGAUACGAAAUAUGGUAAAAGUUUUCGACACUUUACCAGAGAAGCUUUGCCACGUUUGGAUAAUUAUCGUAAUAUCAUGUCUAUACAAGCUGCCUACCGUCCCACUUUGGAUGAACUACACAAUGCCACUUUAACGGGAAAGAAUACUCACAGCUUGAAUCGUAAUGAGGAUCCGGAAACGGGUGGUGCAGUCAUGAAUGGUAUGUUAAAGUUUGGCUGGAUCAAAGGUGUUCUAGUGAGAUGUCUGCUAAAUAUUUGGGGUGUCAUGUUGUUUUUGCGUCUCAGUUGGGUAGUCGGACAAGCUGGCAUCCUGGAGGGUUUCAUUUUAAUUAUAACCACAACAGUUGUCACCAGUAUUACAGCAUUGUCAAUGUCGGCGAUUAGUACGAAUGGUGUCAUCAAGGGCGGUGGCACAUACUAUAUGAUAUCACGUUCAUUGGGUCCGGAGUUUGGAGGUUCGAUUGGUUUGAUAUUCUCACUUGCAAAUGCGGUGGCAUGUGCCAUGUAUGUGGUUGGUUUUUGUGAAUCAAUGUUAGAUUUAUUAAAUUCCUUGGGUGUCAGCAUUAUUGAUGGCGGUAUACAAGACGUGCGCAUUAUUGGCAGUGUUACAAUAUUAAUUCUGCUAGUAAUUGUUGUGGUUGGAAUGGAAUGGGAGGCCAAAGCACAAAUUGGUCUAUUGAUUAUAUUGUUAAUAGCCAUAGCUGAUUUUGUAAUUGGCAGUAUUAUUGGUCCUAAAAGUGACGAAGAGCGUGCUCAAGGUUUCCUCGGCUACAACAUGACAUUAUUAAGGGAUAACUUUUUUGCGGAUUAUCGCAUGGAAAAAGGUGUACGUCAUGAUUUCUUUUCCGUUUUUGCCAUAUUCUUUCCCGCAGCAACUGGUAUUUUAGCUGGUGCCAACAUUUCCGGUGAUUUAAAGGAUCCACAAAAAUCCAUACCAAAAGGUACUUUAUUGGCCAUUUUAAUAACAACAAUCACAUAUUUGAUUAUGGUUGUAAUAGCUGGUGGUACGGUAGCUCGUGAUGCUACUGGCGAUGUUGCUGACAUGGUUAAUGGCUCAUUUGCCUUUUUGAAUUGCACAGGAAUUCCCUGCCAUUAUGGUCUGCAGAAUUCAUUUCAAGUAAUUGAAUUAGUAUCGGGUUUCGGUCCCUUAAUCUAUGCUGGCUGUUUUGCGGCCACUUUAUCCUCAGCUCUGGCCAGUUUAGUGUCAGCACCAAAAGUUUUCCAGGCUCUGUGCAAAGAUGAGCUUUAUCCAAAAAUCGUAUGGUUUGCCAAGGGUUUUGGCAAGAAUAAUGAGCCAGUUCGUGGUUACGUUUUGACAUUUGUAAUUGCUGUAGCUUUCAUAUUAAUUGGUGAACUAAAUCUCAUUGCUCCACUUAUAUCGAAUUUCUUUUUGGCAGCUUAUAUGUUGAUCAACUUUAGUACAUUCCAUGCCAGUUUAGCCAAACCCGUCGGUUGGCGUCCAACAUUUAAAUACUACAACAUGUGGCUAAGUCUCGUGGGCUCUAUACUGUGUGUGGCUGUGAUGUUCUUGAUAUCGUGGGCAACAGCUUUGAUUACAUUUUCCGUUGUAUUGGCAUUGUACUUAAUUGUUGCCUAUCGGAAGCCAGACGUCAAUUGGGGCUCCACCACACAGGCACAGACGUACAAGAAUGCCUUGUUAUCAGUGCAACAAUUGAACAAUGUUGAGGAGCAUGUGAAAAACUAUCGUCCGCAAAUAUUAGUCUUAUCCGGUUUGCCAAACACGCGUCCCGUACUUGUUGACUUUGCCUACAUGCUCACCAAGAACUUAUCGCUGAUGGUGUGCGGUCACGUAUUGCGUGGCUCAAGUUCACAACGUUAUCGUAAUUAUUUGCAGGAACGUGCUACGUCAUGGUUCCGUCGUCAUCGUGUUAAAGGUUUCUAUUCCUUGGUGGAUGGCGAAGAUUUCGAAUUUGGCACAAGAGCCUUAAUGCAGGCUGCUGGCAUUGGCAAACUCAAGCCCAAUAUUUUAUUAAUGGGCUACAAAGCGGAUUGGCAGACAUGUGAACAUAAAGAUUUAAAUCAAUACUUUAACAUCAUGCACAAGGCAUUGGACAUGUACUUAUCCGUUGCUAUAUUACGUGUGCCAGAAGGUCUGGAUUGUUCGCAAAUUCUGGGAGAUGAAAGCUGUGCACAAAGAAACAUUUUAGAUGUGCCACGCACCCUGCAACCCAACGAAAGUUCAGCUGAUCUAAAUUCCGUGGAACGUAGCGCACAAAAUGGUUUAAGUGGCAGCAUGGAUUCACUAAGUCGCAAUGUAUCACAAGAUGCUGCUGAAAUAACAAACACUGAAAAUGAUAUUAAAUUAACAAAAGCUUCUAGUACUAGUGAUUUAUCGUUUGUGGCUGGUACCCAAACCAAGGAAGUAUCCGGUCUACCAGAUCCUGCUGAUCCCAAGGCACCACAAUUAUUGACAAAUUCAUUGCGUAAAUCUAAAAAUAAACACGAUGAUCCAGCCGCUUUAUAUAAAGGACCUGGUGGCGCUGAAUUAUCCAAGGACGUAUUAAAUCAAUUGACACAAUUUACUCGCAAACGCAGUCAUGCCGUUAUCGAUGUCUGGUGGUUGUAUGAUGACGGUGGCUUAACACUGUUGUUACCCUAUAUUAUCAGCACUAGACGUACUUGGCAAUCGUGUAAACUGAGAGUUUAUGCGCUGGCCAAUAAAAAAGCCGAACUAGAAUUUGAACAGCGUUCAAUGGCCAGUUUAUUGUCGAAAUUCCGUAUUGAUUACUCCGAUUUGCAGUUGAUACCCGAUAUAACAAAGAAGCCACAGGAAACAUCAACACAGUUCUUUAAUGAAUUAAUUAAAGAUUUCGUGGUCAAUGAGAAGGAAACCAGCACAACUGCUAAUUCAACACAGCUACAGGAAGAUGACGUUCUUAUUAGUGAAGAUGACUUGAUGGCUGUACAGGACAAAACAAAUCGUUAUUUGCGUUUACGUGAAUAUUUGCGAGAGCAAUCUACAAAAUCGGAUUUGGUGGUAAUGACUUUGCCCAUGCCUCGCAAGAAUAUUGUAACGGCACCGCUGUAUAUGGCCUGGCUGGAGAGUUUAAGUCGUGAUAUGCCACCCUUCCUAUUUGUGCGUGGCAAUCAGACUAGUGUCCUAACAUUCUACUCAUAAACAAGGCACCAUACAACGACUACUCAAACACACACACAAUAAUCAGUAGUAUCAUAAUUUUUAUCAACAGAUGACAAAAACUUGAGAAUAUCCCAAGAAUAGAUAAGACAUGGAAGGAGGCGAUAGGAAUAGAAAUGUUUAUUUCUGCCUUUCGUACUUUCGGACAACAAUUUAUUUGUACACAUGAGCAUAAAGAGACACAUAAUUUUUAUUUUUUUUAUUUUGUUUAAUAUAAAUAUGUAUUUUUUUAUUUUAUUAUUAGAAUUUUAGCAGAGUUGUAUCUUAAUAAUAAACCACAGAUACAUUCACAUAGAUACACUCUCUCACACACUUAUUAUUAUUAUUGUAAAAGUGUUUUUUAUAUUUUAUUUUUUUUUGUAUUUGUUUAUUAUUUUUAUGAUAAUGUAGAAAAAUGAAAAGUUUUACAGUGUUUUUUGUUUGGCAUUUUUAGAAACAAAUUUUACCAUUUUAUAUAAGCACUUUUUGUGCAUUUUAAAUCACAAGUAUUUUUUUUGUUUCCGUUUUUUUUUUGUAUUGAAUUCUAAGUAUUUUGUAUGUUUUGUUUUUAUGUUCAUUAUUAAUUCACUUAAUUCAUAGAACUCAAAACUAAUUAUAAAAACAAUUGCAAUAAGCCAGAAUUAAAUUUAAAAAAAAAAAUAAAAACAACAGACAUUCAGACAUUCAAUGGUCAUUAAGAGCCAUUAAUAUUUUACCAUACGACAUUUAAUGUAACAGACCAUUAUUAAAUAAUUUUAAAGUUAUUAUUAUUAUUAUUACACAAUAAACAAUAUAGAAUAUUUUACUAACUUAAUACUAUUUAAUAAUACGAAUUUGUAUUUAUUUUAAUUACUUUAAAUUAGUUCUUAUUUAAAUGAUAUUAAAAAUAUAAUAAACAAACAAACAUACAUACAACAAUAAUAAUUAUUAAAUAUAAAUAAAUAAAUAAAUAAAUAAAUAAGUAUCAAUUUAAGUAUCAAUAAAAAUGUACACAGAUACAACAACAACACACCUUAAAA